AUGUCAAGCAAGUUACGCCAAAAAUGGCAUACAUUCCUUAACCUCCCCCGCCAAUCCAACAUUACCUGGCACAAAAGUCGUCUCAUCGAAGAGCUUUCCGAGCGGAGCAAGGCAACUACACCCCUGGCCCGACUAAGCGAGACCUCGGACAUCCUAUUCACAAUAUCUCGCGCCGAACAUGAUGGAUUUCCUAUCCCUUUUCGCCCUGCUUGGUCGCGGACGUAUAACGCAUUAGCCAGUACCUAUAUGCUGGGCAAGUUCACAUCGCGAUGGUAUUUCUAUCGCGUGGCUGCGUAUUUCGCUGGAAAGCGCGAUUGGAGCAAUGUUAGGGAGGUGGUGAAUCCGAGGAAGGGGACGAAAUUGGAUGAAGUUGCAGACAGACAUGGCAUAGAUAAGGCGAAAUUCGGUAGAGUUGGAAGAUUAUUAUUAUGGGCAUUGCCAGUUCUUCCCUGA